ACUUCAUAAUGUAUCUUAAAACUUUUGCUUAAGGGAAGCUAAUAAGCUAUGCAUUAGCUAGGUGAUCACGUGACCUGAGUCUCAGUUUUUAGCGCGGAACUUGGAGUUCGUCUGGAAGAAAGACAUUUCCGAUCUAGACCUAGUUGUGUGUUUAUUAAAAUAUUUGCGUUUUCUUUUAUCUGCGCGAUAAACGUGUUUGACGCGGCGAUGAAUUUACUGUUUAAUAUCAAAAUAAGCCCUUAACAUAACUUAUGAACUUUGUGCGGUAGCUGUGUGUUUACGCCAGUGCGUGCAGUUGUUCAUCGGAUACAGUCUACUGGUACGGUGUUCUGUACAAAACAACAGUUCUCCCACAUUAUUGGAUCUGUUGGUUAUUGUGGGAUUAAAUGGAGUCAGUACCGACUGGGCAGAGGAGCUCUCAUCAAACUGUUGAAAAGGGCAGGAGCAGACCAAUUUCCAGAGGUGUUGAGACGGACAUUGCAUACCUGUAUGAAGUUCUGCCACAGCUGUCUCGAAUUUUUCGUAUUAUAGAUAAAAUUGGAGAAGGCACUUUCAGCACGGUGUAUUUGGCAGAGGCGCAGAUGACCGACGGUUCAAGAAGGAUGUUUGCAUUGAAACACCUGAUCCCCACCAGUCAUCCUGUGCGAAUAGCUGCUGAACUCCAGUGCCUGACUGUUGCUGGUGGAACAGAAAAUGUGAUUGGAGUCACGUACUGCUUCAGGAAAGAGCAUCACGUGGUCAUUGUCAUGCCAUACAUGGAGCAUCAAACAUUUGUGGAUAUUGUUGGCUCCUUGAGUUUUGAGGAUGUGAAGCAUUACAUCUUCCACCUGCUCAAAGCCUUGAGACACAUUCACAAGUUUGGCAUCAUCCAUCGAGACAUCAAACCAACCAAUUUCCUGUUCAAUCAACAAAGAAGAGAGUACGCUCUAGUGGACUUUGGCCUGGCGCAGGGCACUCCUGAUACGCAGAUAGAACUGCUGAAGGUGGUGAAAGCAAAAGCUCAUAAAGGUGGAGGGUUGUCUAAGAUGGUGGAGGAAUCACUUGGGAAACAGAAACUAGUGCCUUUACCACCCAACACCAGAAACUCUGCCAUCCUGUCUAGCACCAAAGCACCAGCUAAAAGACCCUGCCCACCCGCUCGCAUUAAACACAGCAAGGAACUGUUGGGACUUGAUAAGGCACCACGGUCUGUAUUUGGGGAGAAAAACAUAAACGGCACAAUCUCUCAUAAACCUGGCACUGACAAAGUUGAGGGAUUGCUUUCAAAAACUAAAAGAGAGGAGGUAAUUCCACGUAAGAUUGUUUCUUCAAAACACCGCUCAGUCCCCGUGAGAGCGCCAUUAAAUCAGAAACCCAAACCCCCUGCCGUCAGCCCGAUGCUCAUCUGCAACUGCUUCAUGACCGACCGCGUCUGCAACAUCUGCCUGUCCAGGAAACAGCAGGUGGCUCCGAGGGCUGGUACCCCAGGCUUUAGGGCUCCCGAGGUUCUGACCAAGUGCCCUAACCAGGGAACAGCUAUUGACAUGUGGUCAGCUGGAGUCAUAUUGCUGUCCCUGCUGAGCGGGAGGUAUCCGUUCUUCAAAGCCAGUGACGAUCUGAUCGCUCUUACUCAGAUCAUGACCAUUCGAGGAUCUAGGGAGACGAAGGAGGCUGCUAAGACGUUUGGUAAAUCCAUAGUGUGUAGUCGUGAACUUCCUCGCCUGGACCUGAGGAUCCUCUGUGAGACCCUGAGAGGUUUGCGAUCAUGGGAUGACACCUCACUUCCUGCUGAGUUUCAAACCUCACGUAACCCAGCAGAAGUCAAACAGGAUGCUGGGAGUCCAGCUAAGAAACGCAUGAGCUCAGGCUCACUCAGAAGCAUUGCAGAGCUGCAGGAGAUGGGCUGGGACAAAGCGCCUGAUGAUGUGUACGAUCUCCUGGAUAAACUGUUAGAUUUAAACCCAGCGACGAGGAUAACGGCCUCCAUGGCACUGCAGCAUCCACUCUUCAAAGAUAUGACUAAUUAAUUCUUGUGUAUCGCCCUAAUUUUGCAUUAUUCUGUAAAGGGCUACAUGAAUGCAUUUUCUAACUACAUGCUGUACAGUGAUUUAUUUAUUUGUUUAAUCAUAGUUUAACUUUUGAGAAUAAAAAGCCUAAUUGUU